AUGAGUUAUCCAAUUUGGGUUGUUAUAUUUUCAGCUUAUGAUAAUGAUAUAUGUAAAAAAUGUAAAGAACCAAAUUUAAAUGAUUUUAAUUUAAAAUAUGAUACUGAAUUUGUUGUAUUUUGUUGUGAUUAUAAUAAUACCGAUGAAUGGUGGUCACAAGAUGGUCGAACAAUUAAAGUAUUUCCAGUUAGUCAUAUUGUUGAUGGUAAAAUGCAAUGGGUACAUAAUAAUUCAUUAUUUUAUAGAAGAUAUAGAGUUAUGAAACGUGCUGUUCGUGUUGCAACUGUUGCGGAUCCAGUAUUUUUUAAUCAAGUUGAUGGUAAUUUUCGUGGUUUUUUUGGUGAAAUAUUAACUGAAUUAAAAAGAUCAAUUAAUUUUACAAUGGCUGAGCUAAUUAUCAUGAAAUCAUAUGGAAGAUUAGAUGAUAAAAAAAAAUGGUCUGGUUUAAUGCGUAAAUUAUCUAAAAAUGAGGCUGAUAUUGGUGUUGCAGCAUUAACAAUAACAAGUAGACGUCUUGAUGUUGUUGAUUUUACACUUCCAUUGAUAACAGCUAAAUCAAAGCUAUAUUUAAAAUUACAGGAUGGUGCUGAUGUUAAUUGGUUUGGUUAUUUUCAGUCAUUUGAUACUAUUACAUGGGCAACAAUUUUAGGAAUCAUUAUAACAACUCCAAUUCUAUUGACACUGAUAAAAUUUAAUUAUGGUCAAGGCACAAUUUUGUCUCUUUUUGUUGAUAAUUUUCUUGAUGUUUGGGGUAUAUUUUGUCAACAAGGAUUAUACGAAUUUCCAAACGAGGCAUCAUUGAGAGUUGCUCUUGUUUCAAUUUUUUUAACAGCAAUUGUUGUAUCAGCAGCUUAUUCAGCUUCAUUAAUUAGUAAUUUAGCAACAUCAAGUAAAAAUUUGCCAUUUAAUAAUAUUGAAGAAUUUGCCGAUCAAAAAACUUGGAAAUUAAUUGUGCUUAAGGAUAGUGCAGAUUUCGAUUUAUAUGCAGAAUCAGAUGAUGUGAUAUUAAAGAAAAUGUUUAAAUUGAUGAGACCAUUGCAUUUAUUACCGACAUCAGUUAAUCAAGCAUUUGAACAAGUUUGUGAAAAAAAAGUUGUAUUUUAUGUUAGUGAUGCAUUAAAACAAGCUCAAAAUAUAAAUAUGUCAUGUGAUCUUGUCAGUAUUGAUACAGGAAGAAUUGAAAGUCUUGCAAUGACUUUACCACGUGGUAGUGAAUUUACAAGGCUUAUUAAUUAUCAUAUUCAACGAUUCCGAGACAACGGUAUGUUGAACCGUUUGAAACAGAAAUAUUUUAUAAAAUCAAAUCCACCAAAUAAGGAUCACAAUGAAGUUAGUUUUUCUGGUAUUACUCCAAUUCUCAUUGUUGUAAUUAUUGGAGUUUUAAUUUCAUUGUUAAUAUUAAUCAUUGAAUUAUCAUAUAAA